GUUGCGGUAGUCCAUCACUCAGCUCUCAGCUUACAGCUGCGUCCCCGCCCCCGUCAUCGACAACUAACACACACUCGCCCCCGCACGCAUCUCAGCGCUUCGUAACGUGUUUACGUUUCUCUAAGCCAUUCAGUUGUGUAUGUGUGUGUGUGUACGCCUCCUAUGCGUGUUCACUUGUGUGUGUAUGCGCGCGCUUAAUUCGCGCAUUGUAUCUAGCUAACUAACUCGGCUGGCUGGCUGGCUGGCUAGCCUCUGGGCCUGGCUGGGAAAAAGACAGGAGGGUAAAAAAAAAAGACAGUUAUGCCCUGCUGCGUCGCGCCAACAACAAAAACAAGCAACAUAGCUGACGCCGUCUCGUUGUCGUCGUCGUUUUCGUUGUUGUCGUCGUCGCUGUCGCCGUCGUCGUUUCGCCUCUCUCUCUCGCUCAUCUGUCGAUGAGAUCGUUGUGUGUUUGUCUUCUGGAUCGGAUCGUGUUGUUAGUAGUGUAUGUCGUCGUAGUGUCGUUUAUUGUUGCUGCUGCUGCUGCUGCUACUGUUGUUGUUGUUGUUGUUACGCGCUGUGACUGACUUGUUCAAUGAUUUAGUAAAAAUAUUCAUAGCUCAUUCCAAAACUUGUUCUUGUGCCUGCUGCAAAUACAAAAUUUAUAACGCGCUGCGGAAAUUCACAAUUUCUAUGUAUCUAUCAAAAUAUUGAAUAUAUAUAAAUAUUAUAUAUAUUUGUAAUGCUUUAUAUGUGUGGUAGUUGUUAACAAUUGUUUUCUGUGUUGUGUUUUACUUUUUUUAAAAUUGUUAUUUGUUGUAAUAAUUAUACAAAUCAAAUCCGAAACCGCCGUCUCGUUUCGUCUCGUCUCCUGUCCCUGCACCCCUCUCUUUAUCUCUGGCACUCACUCACCGAUUAUUGUGUGCAAUUCAAAUACACCGCCAAACCCCCACCACACUCUCAAAUAAAAAAAAAAAACCAACUGCAUCCGCCUUUAUCAUCAUAAUAAAAAAAAAAACACUGAAUAUUUGAAAUAAAUAAAUAUAUAUCAACAAUCACAAUGGAGGUCUGGCGAUCGCUAACGGUUGGCGCAUUUCUAGCACUAGGCUUGGUGUGCUUCUAUGGCAUGGUGGAGUCGUGCAACGAAGUCGUCUGCGCCUCAAUAGUCUCCAAGUGUAUGUUGACGCAAAGUUGCAAAUGCGAACUUAAGAAUUGCUCCUGCUGCAAAGAGUGCCUCAAGUGUCUGGGCAAAAAGUACUACGAGGAAUGCUGUAGUUGUGUGGAACUCUGUCCUAAACCCAAUGAUACGCGAAAUUCGCUGUCUAAAAAGUCACACGUUGAGGAUUUCGAUGGUGUGCCUGAGUUAUUUAAUGUGCUGGCCACAAAUGAGGAUAGUGAAAGUGAUUAUUGGGAUGUCUUCACUUUUCAAGUGGACUGGUCUAGGGGCAAACCAAAACUGGAUAAGGAUGAGAAAUACUAUCUGAAAUUCAAUGACAAGAAUCUGGAUGAAGCACGUGAGGAACGCGAUAAUACGCUGACAGUGAAUUGCACAGUUAUAUAUUUGGAUCAGUGCACGUCGUUAAAUAAGUGCCGUCAAAGCUGUCAAACAAUGGGCGCUAGCAGCUACAGAUGGUUCCACGAUGGCUGCUGUGAGUGCGUAGGAUCAACGUGCAUUAAUUAUGGCGUGAAUGAGAGUCGCUGUCGACAUUGUCCAGACUCGAAAGAUGCGGGAGAUGAUUUCGAUGAUGAGAUCGAUGAGGAGAUGCAGGACUACGGCGAGACUAUGGGCCCGUUCGAUGGCUCAGUGAAUAGCAAUUAUUGAUAGCAGCAAACAAAUGCCAUAUCAAGAACAAAAACAUUUAACAAAUUAGUUACUCAAUUCAGUGACAUUAUUAUUGUGUAGUACGAAGUAACAUUUGUAUAGCAUUAUUAUUAUUAUUAUAUAUAUUUUUUUUAUUUUAA